AUGUCAAUUGAUAAAAAGCUGCUUAUUGAACAGUUCAAGGGCAAGUCCUGGGAGGACCUUCCUACACCAUCGUUGGUGCUUGACGUCGAUCGGUUCAAAUCGAAUUGUGAUAAUUUGACGGCAUGCGCAAAUAAGUUGAAGGUGCCAUUGCGCUGUCACGUCAAGACUCAUAAGACGACCGAAGGCUUGAGGUUGCAGCUUGCUAAUCAAGAAUACGGCGGCGGUCGAGUACUUGUUUCGACAAUCCCCGAAGCAAGGGCAAUUCUCCCUCUUGUUAAAGAAGGCAUUGUUAAGGAUGUCUGCUACUCAAUUCCCAUUCCCAAGCUGAGAUUGGCUGAUUGCGAGGAGCUCGCCCAAGAGAUUCCGGACUUCCGUUUACUUGUGGAUGAUAUCGCUCAAUUGGAUUUGUUAGGGACAUCCAAGCAAACUUACUCUGUAUUCGUCAAGAUUGACAUGGGUUACGGUAGAGCUGGCCUUACCCCUGAAUCCCCUCGUUUACUCGAAGUCUUCAAGAGAAUCAAAUCUUAUGAUAAUGUUAACCUUUUUGGGUUGUACUGCCACUCAGGUUCGGCUUACACUGCUUUGAACAAAGAUGAGGCUCGUGAGUACCUUUUCAAAGAAGUGUCUGUUGCUACUAAAGCUGCCAGAAUUGCUAGAACGGUAGGUUUUGAAGAUUUGACCCUCUCGGUGGGAUCUACACCUACGGCUCAUGCCGUUGAGAUUUUGGAUGAUGGGAACUUACCUCCCGUCGAAGGUCAUCUCGAAAUCCAUGCAGGCAAUUAUCCUUGUUGUGACUUACAACAGGUGGCUACCGGAUGCGUUUCUCUUGAACAAGUUGCGGUUCUGGUGGUGGCGGAGAUCGUGUCCACUUACCCUGGUCGAGGAACCGGGCCAGGUGAGCAGUUGAUCGACGCUGGUGUACUCUCGCUUGCUCGAGAAACAAGCAAAAUUGCUGGUUAUGGUAAGCUUGCGGACAAUGAUGAUUGGAUUGUUGGACGUAUUUCUCAAGAACAUGGCAUUUUGACUACUGAGAAUGAAAAGGCACAAUUCUUGGAAUACGGCACUAAAAUUAAAAUUUUGCCCCAACACGCAUGUAUUUCGUGUGCGUCAUUCCCGUACUACUUCAUUUUGAAGGACGGCAAGAUCGAUGAUGUUUGGGUCCCCGCCAAAUGGUGGUAA